AUGCCUGCCGACGACCGCAGCGGGAAACAGGCCGCGGCCCAGCAGGCUGUUGAUAUCCUACAUGAGAUCUCUACCAUCCUAAACUGCCACCUCGACCGGCGCACCCUCUCGAUUUGCAUCUCCAUGAUCGAGAAUGGCGUGAACCCAGAGGCUCUUGCAACCGUCGUGAAGGAGCUCAGAAAGGAGUCUCAGGAGGUUGAGGCUCAAAUUGCAUCUCGAAGGCGUUAA